UGUGUGAGGGAUGAGGCUGUGCACAGGGACAGCAGGCCUGAGCUGCGGCCUACUUCUUUUCACCAGAGCCGGAUUCAGCACCCCAGGAUCCGCCAACGCAUUGGCACGGUCACAUCAGCACCACUGGUCAACGAGCAGAUCGAGGAGCAUGUGCAGGACUCUGUGCCUCGGGAGCAGAUGUCAGGGUAUAAGCGCAUGCGGCGGCAGCACCAGAAGCAGCUGAUUGCCCUGGAGAACCGGCUAAAAGCCGAGAUGGAUGAGCACAAGCUCCGGCUGCAGAAGGAAGUGGAGACACACGCCAACAACACCUACAUUGAACUAGAGAGACUUGCCAAAAAACAUGUGGCACAGACCGACAAGGAGAUGAAGGCAGUGGCAGGGGAAGAGAGGAGAAUCCAGCAGCAAAUUGUGGCCCAGCAAAAGAAGGAGUUGACCACCUUCUUAGAGACACAGAAAAAACAGUACAGGUUGUGUAAAGAGAGGAUGAGAGAGGAGAUGAGUGAGGACCCCAGCACACCCAAGGAGGAGAAACAGGAGCGCUUGUCACGGCACAAGGAAACAGUGCAGCGCUCCCAAGCGGAGGAAGAGGCCCAGCUGUUAACUCAGCAGAGACUGGUGUUUGAGAGGAGUUGUCGAGCUUUAAAACGCAGGAGCCUGAUCAAGAAACAUGAACUUGAGCAGGAGCAGCUGAGAGAGGAGCUUAAUAAGAAGAAGACACAGAAGGAGAUGGAACAUGCACUGAUGAUCCGUCAGGACGAGUCCACCCAAGAGUUGGAACGUAGACAGCUACACACGCUCCAAAGGCUUCGUAUAGAACUGCUCCGCUUGCAACAUCAAACAGAGCUGGAAAACCAGGAGGAAUAUAACAGCCGCCGACAGAGAGAGCUACACAGGAAACAUGCUCUGGAACGUCGACAGCAGCCCAGAAAUCUGAAGGCAUUGGAGAUGCAGAUCAAAAAGCAAUUCCAGGACACAUGCAAAGUGCAGAACAAGCAGUAUAAAGCUCUGAGGAAUCAUCAGCUGGAGGUUUCCCCCAAGAGUGAGCACAAAGCCAUUCUCAAGUCUCUAAAAGAGGAGCAGACGCGCAAGCUGGCGGUGUUGGCUGAGCAGUACGAGCAAAGCAUCAAUGAGAUGAUGGCCUCACAAUCGCUGCGUCUAGAUGGGGAGCAGGAGGCAGAGUGUGAGGCACUGAAGCAGCAGCUGCAGCAGGAGAUGGAGCUCUUAGAUGCCUACCAAAGUAAGACAAAGACCCAGAUGGAGGUCCAACAUGAUCGUGAGCUGCAGAAACUUGAACAGAAGGUCUCUUUACGCCGCGCUCAUCUGGAACAGAAGAUUGAGGAGGAACUGGCUACACUUCAGAAGGAGCGAACUGAAAAGAUCAAACAUUUAUUUGAGCGCCAGGAAAGAGAAUUGGAAACCUUCGACACAGAGAGUGCUCGUUUAGGCUUUGGAAGCCUAGGAUCCAUUGACUUUCCUAAGGAGGAUGCCAGAUGA